ACUUUUUUUUUUUUUAACUUUGGUAUAGACUGAAAGAUUUGGAGACUGGAGGCCACUACAAUUAUUAUUUUUAUUAUAAAGUGGCAUUAAUGUAACAUUUAAUGCAUAAAUGAUGGAGUCUUUAUGCUUGAGAAAAGUACUGUCUGACUCUGAUGUGCAAACUCUUACAUAGGCUGAUGGCAAUGUCUCACUGCUCUGGUCUCCUCUCCACGGCUGCUAAAGUCAACCUGCUGGUUUUGGUGGUCUCUGCAGUGUUUUCCUGGUCGAGCUUAAGUGACAGAGUUCCUGAGUUUGCCCUUACGAAAAUAGAAGAGAGCGACAUAAAAGAUGACAGUGGGAAAGAGCCAGCAACAGAAGAUGAAGCUGAUCCUGAAGACUUAGAAGUGUUUUAUCCAACACAUCAAUGGCAAACUCUCCAUCCAGGUCAAGCUGUUCCUGCAGGGUCACAUGUACGAUUAAAUCUGCAGACGGGAGAAAGAGAAGCCAAACUCUCAGACAGUGAAAAUGGAAAAAGUGGCAUGGGAGAAGAGAAAAGAAGAAAAAGGCUGGGCAAGGUGGAUAUUGACUCAAAUUCGUUCACAUCACAGGAGCUCAAAAAGGCUUUGGCUAAAAUGAAGGAAAGUGAGAAGACAGAAAGAAUGGCCCAUGAAGAAGAGGUGAGGAAGAAGUUCCGUCCCAUAGAAGAGCUGAAGGAGGAGUUUGAGAAAUUGAACGUGAAGUUGGAAACAGAUUAUGAAAUCAUGGUUAAAUUAAUCGGCAAAUUCAACAGCUCUGCUUCUACACUGGAUGAAAAAGUAGCGGCGCUCUAUGAUCUUGAAUAUUAUGUUCAUCAGGUGGACAACGCUAAAGACUUCCUUUCCUUGGGUGGACUUCAGCUGGUGAUUAACGGAUUGAACAGCACAGAGGCCGUACUCAAGGAACACGCCGCCUUCGUGCUGGGAGCUGCGCUGUCCAGCAACCCCAAAGUCCAGAUAGAAGCAAUCGAGGGCGGUGCGCUGCAGAAGCUCCUGGUUAUUUUGGCUACAGAACAACCCCUGGCUGUCAAGAAGAAGGCUCUCUUCGCCCUGUCCUCGAUGCUGAGACACUUCCCCUAUGCCCAGCAGCAGUUCCUCAAGCUUGGUGGCCUUCAGGUCCUCAGGAACCUCUUCAGGGAGAAGGGCAUGGAGGCCCUCUACAUCCGCGUGGUGACACUCCUCUACGACCUCAUCAUGGAGAAGAUGCUGCUGGAGGACUCUCAGAACGGGGAUCAAAUGGAAGAGAAAAUUCAGCAGUACCGGCAAGUCAAGCUGGUGCCAGCGGUGGUCGAGCAGGACUGGUGCGUGAUCGUUUCCAACCUCUUGGCCAUGCCGGAGCAUGACACUCGGGAGAAGGUCCUCAAGACGGUGAGUGUGCUGAUGGCCUUCUGCAAAGAGCGCUACCAGGACGACCAGAGCCUUGGCACCACGCUCAGCCUGCUGCGCAGAGAGUACGAAGAGCUGGCAGCAGAGGAGCAAAGGGAAGGUGACAAAGAUGGCUAUUUCAGUGAACUCCUUGGCUCUGUAAAUACUAUCAUUCAGGAAUUAAGAUCAAAAUAGCUGUCAUUUCACUUAAAAUUUAAGUAAUUCAGGACAACAGCAUGAAUUUUGAUGGCACGUGUGUAAAUGCACUUUUGAAUAAACUGCUGGAAUAAAUGGGAUCUCUCCAGCA